CGUAAGUUUCCUGGUCCAGUAGAACUGGUUAAGCAUCAUGCAGCUCAAUUAGACGGUUUCCUCACUCUGGCCCGCUUCCCUCUUGAUCGACCCGCUGGAGAAAGUCCCCUUGUCCUUCAGGGCGUUCGAUCCGAUGAGUUGGAGGAGAAAUUGCGGCUAAAAGCCAUGGAAAUGGGUUUGAAACUUUGUCAUGUCCUGUCAAUCAAUUUACUUGUCUAA